AUGCAGGAAAACAAUAUCCAUGCAUCCUACCCAUAUAGUAUCAUUGUCCAUCAUGGAAAGCAGAUUGUCUUUCUUGCCCUACCGCCAAAAGCCACAUGGGUUGAGGCACGCCGCUCGUACGCAGCGUUGAUGAAUCUAGAUCCCUCGCAAACAGUGCUCGCACCGUGGUUCGCCACAGCCACUAGAGAGUCUCCCCGUCUGCCUAAAGACGACGCCGUCAUUGAAUGGCCAAAAAAUGAAUAUGUGCAUGUCACUGCUAUAACAGGGACACCAGGCGGUGUAUGGACAUCAGUACCAUCACAGUAUAGACCUAUUGAAGCAAGAAGGCGUGGUAUUGAAACUAUUCCAUCAGCAGUAUGCGAAUAUCUGAACGCCAAACAAGCCGUAUCACCUUCGCGAUAG